UAAUUAUCAUUCGGAGAUGAUAAGUACGCUUUGUGAUUGUUCAUUGGGUUGGUAUUCAUCACUCUUGUUGUGAUGAUGGGCUGUAUGUAUUCUCUCACAGCCUUAUCCUUCUCUCUUGUCGUCCUAUUACUGAUUUCGUGUUGUUGUAAAUGCGAGGGUAGAGAUAGCAUCAGCGUUGGAGAGCCAUUGAAGGAGAGUGACAAGACUCUUGUAUCAGCUGAGGGGCGGUUUGAGCUCGGUUUCUUCGAUAGCAAUGGUGGCAAAUAUUUGGGCAUAUGGUAUUACAGCGUAUCGCCAAGAACCGUCGUGUGGGUUGCCAGAAGAGACGCACCACUGCCCGUUUCAUGUGGAGGUGUUCGGAUUCGUGAGGAUAAUGGAAAUGUCGAGGUUGAGUGUGGUGAUGGUGAACUUCACCCCGUUACAAGUCUUGCGAUUUCUGCAGGUUCUAACAGAACACUGCAGCUGUUGGAUUCCGGAAACUUGGUUCUUGUUGAUGCUUCUUCAGGUGCAAGAGUGUGGCAGAGUUUCGACGAGCCAACUGAUACUUUUCUUCCUGGUAUGAAACUGAAUGACACUGUGAAGCUGAGCUCGUGGAUGAGUCCGAACAACCCAGCUAUAGGAAACUACUCGUUCUUGCAAGAGCAAGGUGUGUUUGUGAUAUACGAGAGAUCUGUCAACAUCCGCUGGAAAAACAAUGAGCCUAACUCGUUCAUGAAGGACACUUUGCCUUUCUUCGUAGGCGAGAUGCUAUCAGGCUCCACGAAAAGUGGAAAGACAAAUAGAUUCAACAUAUCUUUGAUUACACCUGAUUUCAACAAUUCAAGGCUAGUGAUGAACUCUUCAGGACAGAUACAGUACUACGAUAGGAGCAAUGUCGUGAGCUGGUCAAGUGUGUGGCCAGCACCCGAUGAUCCUUGCAGCGUGUACAACACAUGUGGGAAGUUCGGUGUUUGCAAGUCAUCCGGUACAUCAACGAUGCAUAAUUGCACGUGCCCUUAUGGAUUCACCCCUGUUUCCUCGGAAGACUGGAAUGCUGGGAUUUACUCUGAUGGUUGUGACAGGGUCCCGCCUGCAGAGUGCAGCCGUAGGAAGACGUUUGUGAAGAUACCGCUUGAGAGAGUGGGUGGAGGCUUCAAACCGUUUGAUGAGGCUCGACGAGAGGAAGCUUGCAAAGAUGUGUGUUUGAAUGAUUGCAAGUGUCAGGCCUACUAUUUCGAAGAUGGCAAUUCUGGAAGCAGAGGAACGGGGAAGAGUUCUUCGAGAUGUUGGAUUUGGACGAGUCCUGUAGUCGAAAAUCUUAAUCAGGAUGAUGGUGUUGAUGCUGCUAGUAUUAACCUUUUUCUACGCAUAUCUGGAGGUGCAGGUGGGGUGAACGCAAGAAACGACCCUGAGGCUCAGGCACCUAAGAGUCGGAACGACUCACAAAAAAUAUAUGUGAUCACCAUCGUUGCUCUGGUAGGUGGGAUUAUACUACUUUCUUUCCCUGCAUGUAUCUUGUAUAGAAGGAGGGCGGCUGAAAGACCAGGUAAUCACAGACGCGCUGAAGCUAAUCCGGCGCUCUUCUCGGCUGAGAGUGAAAGACAAGUCAAUAACUUGAUGCAAGAAAAUGGCACGGGGAUUGAUCUUCCCUUUUACAAUCUUGAUUCCAUCUUAUCUGCCACGGACGAUUUCUCAGAUGCAAAUAAGCUCGGGCAAGGUGGAUUCGGGCCGGUCUAUAAGGGAAUGUUUCCGGGUGGACAUGAAAUUGCAGUGAAGAGACUGUCGAGCUUCUCAAGCCAAGGAAUCGAGGAAUUCCUCAAUGAGGUCGUCUUGAUUGCCAAGCUUCAACACAGGAAUCUAGUUAGGCUUCUGGGAUACUGCAUUAAGGGGAGUGAAAAAAUCUUGCUUUAUGAAUACAUGCCUAAUAGAAGCUUGGAUGCCUUCGUAUUUGACGAGCACAACCGGUUGCUACUCGACUGGAAGAAGAGGUUCGAGAUCAUCUUGGGGAUAGCUCGAGGGCUGCUGUAUCUUCACCAAGAUUCGAGGUUGAGAAUCAUUCAUCGUGACCUGAAAACGAGCAACAUCUUGCUAGAUGAAGAUAUGAACCCCAAGAUUUCAGAUUUUGGUUUGGCAAGGAUCGUUCAAGGCAUGGGAACAGAAGCAAGCACAAACAAAGUGGUCGGAACCUAUGGCUAUAUGUCUCCAGAAUAUGCGUUGGAUGGGAAAUUCUCGACCAAAUCUGACAUUUUCAGCUUCGGAGUUGUGAUGCUGGAGAUCAUAAGUGGGAAGAAAAAUACAGGCUUCUAUAAUCCUCAACAAGUCCAAAAUCUCUUAGGUUAUACAUGGGAACUGUGGUCUGACAACAAGUCCCUCGACAUGAUCGAUCCUACACUAUCGGAUUCGUGCGAGAAAUCCGAGGUAAUCAAGUGCAUAAACAUAGGGCUACUCUGUGUCCAAGAAGAUCCCAACGAACGUCCUUCCAUGGCGACUGUUGUCGUAAUGCUGGGGAGUGAGACAAGCCCUCUUCCAGUCCCGACUCAGCCGGCCUUUGUUGUGAGGCGACGGCUCUCAAGCACGCCGUUGUCAUCUUCGUCCGCUCAACCGGACUCUGUCUCCGUCAACGAUGUCACCUUUACUAUGGCACAAGGGCGGUGAUGAGAGGUUGUGAGGAACAUAGUAAAAUCACAGAUAUGUUUUCCAUAUAUAUUUUGGAGUGUAUGGUAAUGCGAAAUUAAAACCAAUGGUAUAGAAUAAACAUUAUUUAUUGGUGUAAUAUAUGUCUAAUAAAAGUGUAUGGCAAUUCAAAGUGAAAAGAAUGUUAGUUUGAUUUCA